ACACUGAGUACCAGUACUGGGCAGAUCUGUCUUUGAGCUAAACAUGAUGUGCAGUGGCAAGAGUCUGUUCCUGGGUGCUGUGACGGCAGUGUUGCUACUCCACCUCUGCAGCAGGUCAGAAGCAGCAAGCAACUUUGACUGUUGCCUCCGAUAUACAGACCACAUCAUUCAUCCCAAAUUUAUUGUGGGCUUCAUGCAGCAACUGGCCAGUGAAGCCUGCGACAUCGAUGCUGUCAUCUUUCACACCAAGAAAAGAUUAGCUGUGUGUGCAGAUCCAAAGAAGAAGUGGGUGAAACAAGCAGUACGAAUCCUGAGUCAUCGAGUCAGGAAGAUGUAAAAGUGGAUGCUCUUUGAUUGGAAUUGGACACAGCCCAAGAAGAAAAAGAACCAGGCUGGGACUGGUGUUUUCACUUGCACAUGGUUGAGAGUUUAUCACGUAUCUAAUUUGUGCCUCACUGGACUUGUCCAAUUAAUGAAGUUGAUUCAUAUUGCAUCAUAGGUUUAGAACCUGUUAGGUUUGCUUUUUUAAGCAGCAUGUUGACGUCCAACUCUAUUGUAUGUUAAGUUAUUUAUAGAUGUAGGUUUUCUGUGUUUAUUUAAUACUAAACUUUUUCUAUAAGCUAUUUGGUUUAGCACAAGGUAUAAAAUUAUGUUGGGGGGAAUGAAAUGAUAAUGGCUUUCUUACAACCAGCAGGCUAUUAAAAAUUUAAAAAAAAACUAUUUAAACCUUUCUGUGUGUAAUUUGUUUCCUAAGUUGUUGUAAUUACCUUAUGAAAGAGAAUAAUGGCAAUAAAAAGAAGAAAUCUUGAAAAUAAAAGAAAUAACCAAAAAAUUGUUGAUUGAGUUACGUGGCAUUUAUUAAAAUGUGUAUUACAAAAACUUUUAAAGACAUAUUAAAUGUGAACAUUAGCUGUAUUCCUCAUUUACUUUUGGUUGGUACCUCACUUAUCUCUGUUCCUCAUGGUCCUGGACUUCAUUCUAUAGGAAUUAUAAUGGAAAGGCCUUUUGAUUCAAAGUCUCUAAACCAAAAAUUAGAAAGAUUGUAUAGCUGAGAUCCUUCAUCCAGUGUUUGUUGAUAUAAAACUUUUUUGUUUUACUAAAAAUGUAUGCCCAUAUACUUUUUGACUACAGAGAUGCAACAACUAUUUAGAAAAUAUCUUGAGAAAUUUAGUUCAUCUUUCUUUCACCAGCAGGGUCUUAGGAAUGAGAAGCUCAUCAUAGGAACAUUUCUUCACUUUAACAUCCUCCUGCGUCAUAUCUUUGAGAAGUUUCCAGAAAGAAAAUGACUACUCAAAGUUUUCUUAGAAACUGUCUCACUAACCAAAGGGGAGACUGCAAACAUGUGAAACCUAGCAAGAACCCAGAAAUAAGAUGAAAGGAUCCUGAACCAAUGCAGUUACAGUCCCAACAUCCAUGCCCCAAAACUCAUGGAGUGCCUUGACAUAGCCCUCUGGAAAGUUCGUCUCAAAUUCCAAAGAAUGACAAGGAUCACUAGAAGCAGGUAGGCUGAAGAUACGGCAUAAAACCCAGAUGCACAAAUCCAUCAAGCUGGGCAGUGGUGGCUCAUUUGGUGUCAAGAAGCUGUAAGUGUCUCCACCACUAGCCCUGAAGGCAUUCUAUGCCCAGGAAUAAUAUGCAUAACAUUGAGUCAUCAGGGAAAGUAUGCUCACAGUCCUGUUUAUUCAUCAGACGUAGGGUUAGUACCUGUCUGGUGCCAGACACCUUGCCAAGUGCUAGAGAGAUAAUGUGACUUGGUCCUUGCUCCCAGGUAAUUAGGGCUGAGCAAUGUUGCAAGAGGAAGUGGGCAAUAAGUGAAACAACUCUUACAACACGUGGUGGUAAGCACUUUGACAGAGAGUCACAGGGUGUUAUAGGUCAUUGUUAGUAGGGGCUUCCAGAAGGAAGGAAGACUAGGUUGAAGCAUAUGAAAUAGCCAAUAUUCAAGGCUUUGCACCAUGAAAAUGGUGAUUUCAUGUGGCUCAACCUAAUCCUUGAGCUGAGUGAUGAAGGACCAGUAGGAGCUAACCAGCUGGGAAAGGGGAAGCAAGGGUGUUUGGAAAUAUCUAGGGGCGUGUAUGAGUUGUCACAACCUCGGAGGGUGGAGUACAGCAGGCAUUCAGUGGACAGGAACCAGAGAUGCUACACCUACUAGAACGUGCAGACUAGCCCUACUCAGUGAAGAAUUGUCCCAUCUAAAAUGUCAGUGAUGUCACCAUUGAGCAAUACCGGAUGAAGUGAAUGUUUGCAAGUCAUGGGGGUUGGGGCGGAGCAGCUGCAGAUGAAGCGGUUACCUCAGCGAGGUAUAGUGGUUUGAAUUUGAGCACGGGAGCACAAGGUAACCACUGAAGAAGUCCAAACAGGUGUAGUCUCUGCAUGGCCGAUGGAAGGGAAGUGGGGCGGAUGGGAAGCAGAGGUGCUAGUUAGGAGAAGACAGUAAUGACCAAGAUGAGAAAUACUGAUACCUCAGUUAAAGUCGUGGCAAAAGGAGAGUGCAGAGGGCGUAGGUUUGAGAAUCCUGAGAAGCAUCCUAAAUUCACCCCUCCCUCCCAUCAUACAGUCUUGGAGGAGCACAGCCAAAGGGACUUUGUCAGGGGACAGCUGACUUGGCGGCUGCUGGCAGGUCUCACCAGGGAAACCUCGUAGAGUAAGAAAACUAGCAGAUUUUGUUGGCACUCUGAAAGUGUCUGAAUCUUCUGGAGCCAGGAGUACUAACAGCUAGUAAUUGAGUUUAUGGAGAUGGAAACCAUCAGGACAGAACGAUAAUUUCUAAUCAGCAGUGCGCAGGCAGCACAUGGGGAGAGCAGCAUACCGCCCUCUGUGAGCAACUUGUUACCAGUUGCCAUCGAGUCAACUUUGACUCGGGGUGACCCCAUAUGUGUCAGAGUAGAACUAUGCUCCAUAGGGUUUUCAAUGGCUGAUUUUUUCAGAAGUAGAUUGCCAGGCCUUUCUUCCAUGGAGUUGCUGGGUGGGUUCGAACUGCCAACCUUUCAGUUAGCAGCUGAUCGCAAAU